AUGGCGGACCAUCUGCCUCCUGCUCUGCUGGAAGCCUGUGUGGUGGUAGGAGCAUCUAGUGAGAAACUUAAGGAGGUGUAUCAGUCAACUCAUAAUGGAGCUCUGGAGCACCUCCUGUUGGAGCCGGAGGUACUGCAUGUCCUGGCACCUCCCUUCAUUGGCAGAUCUGAUAGUGAAGUGAUGAGGUCACAUGGGAAGAGGCGACGCUCCUUCCUUAGGAAGAAGAGGGAGCAACCUCCUUCGGCUGCAGCAGUCCCCAUUCAAGGAGCAUCAGAAGGUAGAGGAGGAACUGAAGAUGUCAGUGUUCCCAAAGAUAUCGACCUCAUGGCUCUGCCUCAACUCUGCUUUCCUGGUGGGCUCCAAAUAACCAAUGAAAUGAGAGAUGAAGAGUUUCACUUCCUGGUUUUUACUGACGUUUUUGGCAACAAGACCCAUGGAGUAGUAAUGCAGUGUUACCGGCCCAUACCGGAAGGGACAUCUCUGUUCUCUGCUUACAGUUUCUGCGUCAUAUCCAAGUAUCCUUACUUCACAGCACUGAAAGACUGUCUGUCAUGUCUGUUAAUCCAGCUGAGAACAUGUCGUUUAUCAGACAUGGAGGAGAUAGUGAAGGAUUUUGCAGCCAAGUUGGCACUGGUGCCUAUCCCCCCUCCUGGACAACUACAUUUGAUGUUUACUUUACGUCCUCUGACCAUUGUAUUACCAGCCAGAAAAGACAAAGACCACCCAGCUGUAGAUUUAGACCUUCAUCUGCCUUUCCUCUGCUUUAGGCCACAGCCACUCCUUCAGGUGUUAUCUUGUCUCCUCCAGGAACAGCGGGUGGUGUUAUUUUCUGCUAACUGGGCCAGACUGACACUGGUGGCAGAGAGCUUGUUGCUCUUUCUGCAGCCUCUGUCAUGGCAGCAUCCUUACGUUCCUGUCCUGGCCAGAGGCAUGCUGGACUUUCUCAUGGCUCCAACUGCUUUCCUGAUGGGCUGCCAUCUCAGCCAUUAUGAAGAGGUUGCUGCUGAAACAGAUGAUCUAAUCCUUAUCAACAUUGAUAAUGGAAGCAUCAGUACUUCUUGUUCUGAGACUGUUGACCUACCAGAUAUCCCCCUGCCUGCUGCAGACUGCUUCACACAGAGGUGCCAGUCUCUGCAUAUACAUUUUGAACUGGAUCAGUGCCGCAUUGCAACCUGCACUGACAUCGAUGAGCAGAGGGCACAGAAAAGAGCAUGGCAACAAAGCCUCAACAGCGACAUCCAGAGGAUCACACUGGAACUGAUAGUCAACAUAUUCAGGGGUGUUAAAAACCAUCUGAACUAUGAACACAGAGUGUUUAACAGUGAGGAGUUCCUGAAAACCAGAGAGCCAGCUGAGCAACUUUUUUACAAGAAGGUGUUGGAGACACACAUCUUCCAUUUCUUCCUCAAGGACCGCCUGAACAGGAAAAUGGACAAUUUCACUCGCAUGGAACUCAGCACUCGUUCUGAGAUGCAGAAGAAAGCAAUGGUUGAAGUCCCACGCAGACCCACCAUGCAAGAGAUUCAAGCUCGGAGAACCAACUCCAUUACAGAGAACACACUGAACAAGAGGCUGGGGAUGAGCCUCCCAAACCUGGGAGAUGACCAAACUAUCAGCUUCCAAAGACACACACUGCUGACCAGGAUCAUCAUGACUGACCCUGCACUGAGAAUGCCUCCUAAGCCCGUAAAGGUGUUUAAGCUCCCAGACUUUCCAGCUUCUCUGUCCCUCCACUCUGUCCAAAGUUAUUACAGUGAGCUGAUCCACCAGCUCAGCAAGGCUAUGUUCUCCGUCCAAAAUGAGAACUCAACUCUGCUGGCCAGAUACUACUACCUGCGUGGUUUCAUCAACACGCUAUGCUCACGGCGCCUGGAUGCUCUGAGUGAUUUCCAGAACCUCUAUAAGACAGACACCGCCAUCUUCCCCACACAGCUGGUCACAUGGCUUGUGGAGUCGCUGCACCGAGACGAGAGGCGGCAAGCUGACAGACGACCUGAACUCAAGAGACUCAUCCUCAAGGUGAACACAGAAAACGAGAAGCCGCCGGUGAAGCCUGAUGACCAUGUUAAAAAAUUUGCACUUCCACGAAAACGUCUACAUCAAGAAGAGUUUGUGCGUUGCGUCCAAGAGUGCGGGAUCGUUAAGGAUAUAGCGACCAUACAUCGUUUAUUUGAUGCUCUCACUGACAGCCAGCAAAAAGAGGUGGACCCUGAACUCUUCAGAGUCUUCUACACCUUCUGGAAGGAAACUGAGGUUGAAGCACAAGACGUCAACCUACCCGCUGAGGUCAUUGACCAUCUUGACAAUAGCGAGUGUGUCUACAAAUUGUCGUCCUGUGUGAAGACCUCUCAUGGUGUUGGUAAAAUCGCCAUGACGCAGAAACGUCUGUUUUUGCUUACAGAGGGACGGCCAGGCUUCCUGGAAAUCACAAAGUUCAGAGACAUACAGGAGGUGAGGAUUACCUCAGCUCCCUUUCUACUGGUUCGUAUUCCCUCCCUUCGUAUCCACACCUCUGGCAGGACUGAGGUGUUUGAGGCCAAUCUGAAAACGGAGACUGAACUCUGGAAUCUUGUGGUCAAAGAGAUGUGGGCUGGACGCAAGAUGGCCGACCAACACAAGGACCCUCAGUACAUGACCCAGGCUCUGACCAACGUCUUGUUGAUGGAUGCUGUCAUAGGCUGCUUGCAGACCCAGAGGUCUAUCAGUGCUGCCUCAAAGCUGGCCUACUUUGACAAGAUCAAAUAUGAAGUGCCGAUGAUGGUGCCUAAAACUACAUCAGAGACCCUAAAACACAAGAUCAACCCCUCCCUGGACCUGGCUGAACCUCAGACUGUACAUGUGCUGCUAUACACACCAGGUCAGUUGACUUGCAAUGACUCAGAGGGUGAGAUGAACCCGAAGCUGUGGGUGGCUCUCAGUGGGGGCAGAGUGGUUGUAUUCGAUGCAGCGAGCUGGUCCAUGCUGCAGGACUCCAUCCAUGUGGGAGAGUCACAGCUGAACUGUAUGCUGGGAUUGGUCCAGGAGCAGGUGUGGAUCGGCUCCCAGGACUCAGUGAUCUACAUCAUAGACACUCACAGCAUGACCUGCAACAAACAGCUGACAGAGCACAGACAUGAAGUGACUGGACUCACAGUGGACACUAGAGAUCAACAUAACGGUCAGCAGACGUACUCCUGCAGCUGUGACGGGACAAUUCUGCAAUGGGACUCAUUCAGUCUCAAAGUGAAGCGACAGUUCCACCUCAGCUGUGAUAAUCUCUCCUCCAUACAGAUCCACGAUGGCAAGCUGUGGUGCUGUUGUGGUGAUAGCAUUGUGGAACUGAAAAAGAGUGGAACACCACAAAGGAGGAUGACACUUCCUGACGACCUAAGGAGCAUGCUCAGUAGCUUUAGCAGCUUUAUUGUCAUCCCAGAGCGAGGUCAGCUGUGGACAGGAUGUGCUGAUUCGGGUGAGCUGUGUCUCUGGCACACUAACAACCACAGACGUCCCUUCAAGAGAAUCUCCCUGACAGGCAGUUCAGGAGUCACCUGUAUGAUUCGAGUAAAGGAUCAGAUUUGGGUGGGCUGUCGUGGUGGAAGCGGUAUCGGAGGUGAGUGUGACGGUCAGCUGAGAAGUCAGGUGUUAGUGGUGGACCCAGAGAGCCACACUGUGGCAAAAGAGCUACAGGCUCAUUCAGACAGCGUCCAGACACUCUGCUCUGCUGAGGAUCGCUAUGUCCUGAGCGGCUCCGCACGACUUGAUGGCAAGAUUGCCAUCUGGAAAGUUGAGUAAAGAACAGAGAUGGAGAGAGAGAGAGAGGCAGAAUGGA